GCGGUUGAGAGUGAACGCGCCGGCUCACAGCUCACCGCCAUAGUUCGCGAUCGUAAACUUAAAAAAAAUAUUUUAAGGGUAAAAAUGUUCCAAAGCGAUGUGACUUGAGCUGGCUGGUUGAAAAAAACUUAUAAAAAAGUUUUGAAGUGCCGCAAUGUUUUUAAAAACUGUUCUAAAUUUAAAAAGUUUUUGCUUUGAGUGAUACUUAUUUAAUGAGUAUAGACAAUGUUUUCCUAGUUUGAGAAGGCGAGGUUUGUCGCAGACUGUGCGGCUGAAGAUAAUUAUUGAUUAUGGACCCAGAUAUCAUGAAGGAAGAGCUCGAGGAGUUGUCCACGACGCGGGCGUAUCUCACCACCGCCUUUCCAACAGUUCACCAGAACAACAUAAGUAUGUUGAACACCACCAACACAACGAUAGCGGAACAAGUGAACGUUUACUAUUUCUACGAUGCUAUCCAGUUUACAGUAAUGUGGGUGCUGUUCGCGUCCAUAGUGGUGCUUAAUGCAUCUGUGAUCGCAGCUUUACUCUGCACCAACGCGCGGAAGAGUCGGAUGAAUUUCUUUAUUAUGCAGCUCGCCAUAGCCGAUUUGUUCGUGGGUCUUAUUUACGUGUUCCCAGAUAUCAUCCAGAAAAUAACUAUAGCGUGGUUUGCCGGGGAGUUUAUGUGCAAGACUGUGAAAUUCCUUCAGGCGGUGGUGAUGUACGCGUCCACGUAUGUGCUCGUCGCGCUCAGUAUAGACCGCUGCGAUGCCAUCACUAACCCUAUGAACUUCUCCGGCAGUUGGAAUCGAGCUCGAGCGUUGAUUGUGUCUGCGUGGCUAAUCAGCAUCGUAUUCUCUAUACCUAUCCUGAUCCUGUAUGAAGUCAAGGAAGUUCAAGGCGAGCUGCAAUGCUGGAUAGAGCUGGGAACUCCGAGCAGGUGGCAGAUCUGGAUGACGCUGGUGUCAGUGAUGAUCUUCGUGCUGCCCGCACUCACCAUCGCAGCGUGUUACGCAGUCAUCGUCCUCACCAUUUGGACGAAGAGCAAAGCCGUUGUCAUGAGUCCGCCUAUUAACUCUAGAAGAACUAAGACUAUGAGGAAUGGUCAGGUGGAGAGUGACCCGGAUUCGCGUCGCGCCAGCUCUAGGGGACUGAUCCCUAGAGCCAAGAUUAAGAGUGUUAAGAUGACUUUUGUUAUAGUUUUUGUGUUCGUCCUCUGCUGGUCGCCAUACAUAGUGUUCGACCUACUACAAGUGUACAACCACAUCCCGCCAACGCAACGCAACAUCGCCAUAGCAACGCUCAUCCAGAGUCUCGCGCCGCUCAACUCCGCCGCCAACCCGCUCAUAUGCUGCAUGUUCUCUCCACAUAUUUAUACCAGCUUGAGACGCGUGCCGCCAUACAAGUGGCUGUGGUGGGCGCGGCGGCGCAAGCGUCACGGACGCGGCACGCUGCGCUCGCGCUCCGACUCCACCGCCAACUCAGACCUGCUCAGCUCUACGCACGCACGACGAUCGCAUUCUGUUGCUAUGAUUCUGAACCGAACACGCAGCAGCAGCGUCUCCCGGCCCCAGGUGGAGGCUCGGCGCACCCAACUCCUAGUUCUUGUGACAACGAAGGACUGACAGCGAGUCGUCAGGGAGCCCGCGCGUGAUGUCAUGCUUUAACGGCGACUUACGGCGUGUCCGCACGCCGCUUAUCAAUCAGGACACCGAUCAUGAGAGUUGCGCAGGCGCACCACACGUGAUUUAGAUAUAUACGGUAUAAAAGUAUAAGGUGACGCGUCUUGCUCUUGUGUGGAGGAUCAGCCGUGUCUAACCUCAGGAAAUUUACUCAUGCGCAUUUAAAGUAAGCUCUCAAGGUUCAAGCCAAAACCUUAUAAUAAACUAGUUAGUUAAGAUUGAUGGAACAUUUAGAAAACAUUAUCUUAUAUUUUUGUCUUCAUCUCUUCAGCAAUUUAUUAGUGCUAACUUAAUACAAAUGAGUUCAUCAGUAAAUCCCGCGUUGAACAUAAAAAUAUUUAAACGAUCAGAGGACGUCCAUAUGAACAUCCUUUUAUUAAUUUGUCAGUACUCUCGCUUGAUAUCUGAUUCUGAUCAAAAAACUAAAAAGAAAUCAAACGAGGCGAGAAGUCUAAAGUACCGUUACAGCCUUUCUCCUUUUCCGUAUGAAUGACGCGCAAGAAUCGAAACAUAUGCGACACUAGUUUAUAGAGAUCAUUCUACAGAAAACAUUUCACUUAGAGAGUAUAGAACAGUACUUCCGCGACCCCCUCGUUUCUUUUCGUUAGCAUUGUAUAUUUGCUAGUGUUAGUAUAUAUUUUAUAUCCACCCGGAUAGCAAUCACCAUUCAUAAGGUGAUAAAACCCGCCAUAGUAGCCCACGCAAGUAUCACGUUCCAGGAUUAGCAUGUGUAUAUCUGGUUCGAAUAGGCCGGCAUAAAUGUGUAGACUGGCUAGGGAUAAUCAUAUCUUGUCAGUCUACAUUCUAUCUCAACGCCCUCCGCAUGCAAUCGGAUGCAGUGGGAUUAGCGUGCCAGUAUAAAAAAAACACGAGAUUAAAUUGUUUAAAUAUUGUUUCUGAUGAACAAAGCACGUUUAAGAAUUGUGAUUGUAAAUUCUAAACUCUUCUAAAAUUUAAAUCUAGUCAAAUGAUUGAAAUGUUUAAACAACGCAUUUAAUUUAUAAACAAGUACUUAGGUAUUAUUACUUUUGUAAUCAAUGUAUUAUUAAUUUUAAGAUAUAUAUUUUAUUUAAUAAGUUCAUUUAAAAAUAUGCCGAAAUAAGAAAACUGUUUUAUAAUUGUCUUGAUUAUAUGUGUUGAUUGUAUAUGUAAACGUGUUCUUUAGAUCGCUAGCUCUGUUUAAAUUCAAAUUUUGAAUACCAAAGACUAAAGGGAACUGACCCCACUAACUUAAAUUGUAGAAAUCGAAAUGCUUUUGUAGGUAUUACUUAAAUAAAUAUGUUUUAUUUGCUUUAGUACCUCUAGUAAGAAUUUACGCGUUAUACUAUAAUAUUGGUUCGCGGUGAUUAAAUCAACAUUUUCAUGUUUAUCUACUGUAGUUCAUGACAGUACUAUACGUUCAAUUUCUGCAGCCAAGCAACAAUGUGUGGUCACUGAUGUGUUCCGCUUUGAAGAACAGUGUAGACGGUGGACAUAAUAGGUCUUAAUAUCUCGUGUUUCAGAAUAGCCAACGCAGUGGAAUACCAAACAAUACUUUGUAAAUGAAGGUGUUGGAUUGUGUUUUUAGUGUUUACAGGCAGUCGUAUCGCUUAUCAUUAGGUGAACGGCAAGCUCGUCUCAUCACUUAUGGUAAUAAAAAAGAACACAUGCGUAUAUCCGAUUCCCAUGCAUUUUAAGUUUACCUUUAUAAUGAUUAUAUUAACACGUUCGUAGUGUUCACGUUGCCAUAUUUCAUUCAAAAUACGCUCAAAUUUCCAUACAAAAAAUGAUUUCAAACAAAACGAUGACUUAACGUAAACUAUAAUACGUAAAUUCUUGCUUUUCGUACUUUGACACACUUACGUAAUCGUAGAUUAGCAUGAUGUCAAAAGAUUAAUUUUUGAUAUAUUCAAUUUGUACAAUAGAUUUAAAUUCAAAUAGUUUAUUACAAAUCAGAUUUACAUAAAAGCUUAAAAUUAUACAAAAUUAUAUAAAAUUACAGGAAAGUAUUAUAAACAUCGCAAUUACCAGGGGUACCCAAACUAGACAAGGCCUGUAUUUAUAAUAUUAUGUUACACAAAUUCAGACAACAAUUACUGAUCUAGAAUUUAUAAGACACGGCGUAAAGGCAGCAUUAGAAACAUUCGUUAUCAAUUUAUUACUUUACUUCGAAGUCGGUUGAAAGAACUGUUAUAUCUAUUAUACUUAUGAAGAUUAUUCAAUGAAGUGCGCUGACGGUGCAUAUUUAAAAAUUAAUCGCUUAGACAAGUGAAAAAAAUUCAUUUUAUUAUAAUGUGUUAAUUAAUAAAAAAAAGAAUAAUUAUAAAAUCACAUAGAUAGAUUUUAUAUGAUAUAAAGUAUUACAAAGUUUUGUAAUUAUAAUGUAAUAUUAUAUUAGUACCCGUUUAAUUUAAGUUUCGUUGUAAUUGUAAAUUAUAGACAAACAAGUUUACGAAUAUUGUACAAUUAUUUUUGUACUGUGAAUAAAAUUGUAUUAAAAAUAUAACUAUCUAGAUGAAAUUAUUAAAGGUGUCGUAUCAAU